AUGCGCCUCCCCUACGCCCCCUCCCCCCCCCCGGACCCCACCGACCUCCCCACCACCGAAAUCUACUCCCGCAUCGCCGCCCGCCGACACCCCCGCCCCCUCAUCCCCCUCGAUCUCUCCCUGCUACACUCUCCUCCCGUCGCCGACGGCUGGAACAGCUUUUUGGGCGCGAUCCGCACCCAGACCAUCAUCGACGGCGGAUUACUCGAGCUGGCAGUGUGUCGCGUGGCCGUGCUGACGAAUGCCAUUUACGAAUGGAAUGCGCAUGCGCCGUUGGCGCUGAAGGGGGGCAUUAAGGGGGUGGAGUUGGGUGCGGUGCGGACACUGCCCUCUCUCGCCGAGGGGGAUGCGAAGGCAGAGGAGGAGUUGAAGGGAAGUCAAUUGACGGACGUGCAGAAGGCGGUGGUGCGGUAUGUGGAUGAGAUGACGCGGACGGUGAAAGUGCAGGAUGGUACGUUUGAGAAGUUGAAGGAGGUGGGGUUGUCGGAUCGGGAGAUUGUUGAGUUGACGACGGGCGUGGCGGGGUAUAAUUGUGUUAGUCGGGUGUUGGUUGCCCUGGAUGUCGGGGAGAAUAAUGCGAAGGAGAUGAGGAGUGUGGAUGAUUUGGUGGCGGAUCUUGAGAGGAAGUGAUCUAUCGUCUAUCUAGUAUGAUAUAAUGGGUGUAUAUAGUGGGUUGGUGGAGGGAAAAGGGUAUCAAAUGCUUGAAUUGUAUGGGUGGUGGAGGGUAGCUAGCUAAGCCUAGUAUAUAUAUCUGAAGUGGAUAUUCUCGCGGUCUGUCCUGUCCUCGAACGCCCUCGCUAGAUGGUCCUCGCCCUCUAGGGAUAUGCCCAUCUCGGCCAUUGCCUUGUCCUUCUUCUUGUUCUCCCGGAUCAGGUAGAAGCGCAG